ACAGUGCAUGUGAAGGCAGGGACGUGUGAGGUGAUCGCUGCUCAUCGCUGCUGCAACAAGAACAAAAUCGAGGAGAGAUCUCAGACUGUCAAAUGUUCCUGCUUCCCUGGACAGGUCGCUGGCACCACCAGAGCCAUGCCCUCCUGUGUCGAUGCUUCCAUUGUAGCCCAGAAGUGGUGGUGUCAGAUGCAUCCAUGUAUGGAAGGAGAGGAGUGUAAGGUUCUCCCCGACCUCACAGGAUGGAGCUGCAGCACAGGCAACAAAGUCAAGACCACAAAGGUGACCCGAUAGUCCUGCCCAACCUUUGUAACGAGAGGACGAGACAGUCGAAACGAUGAGGGAGGGACUUAUGCAGCACAAUGGACCUAUCAAUAGUGAGGAUAUGCACUGAAUGGGACUUCUAUAAGGAUCCAGCAAAUGUGUUUUUUUUUUGUUUUUUUUUUUUCUGUGGAAUAUACAAGUAAUGGCAGCGAGAGAGACAGGACUCUAACACUGCCUGCCAUCACUUUACGCACUGCUGAGGGUCUCCAGUGCUUUCCCGCAGAGGACUCCAUCACCCGCAAUCCUUUACUUUAACUACAGACUACAGCCGCUACAACUUGAACUAGAAAACUAAAACACACAAACGGGAUUAGAUGACCACUAAAACCACCAACCUUCGCUACAACAGUCUGUACCUUUUAUCGCUCUUCUGCAGCUUAGCUCCAUAUACAUCCUGGGACUCAAGGAGAUCUGGAUUUUAGCGAUUUAUCCUUUAUAACCAACUUGACGACAAAAGGAGACCGGGUCCAGAAUGGCUGCUUCAUUUAGACUGAAUGACACAUUUGACUGUGCCACAUGUGACACACUUGACGCUGGUUCUCAUGUUCAUCUCAUGCUGAACAUGUCCUGAAGUUUUUUUUUUUUUUUUUUUUUUUUGUUUUUGUUUUGUUUUUGUUUUUUGUUUUUUUUUUAGCUUUCACCUCCACGAGAAUAUUUUACCUUGCAUUGUUUAUUGCUUACCACAUGCCAUUCUUGAACUGGGGGGGAACUUUUCUGUUACAUUUUACAAAACCAACCAAGACAGUUUGACAGUCUAUUGUAGUUCUUUAUUUUAUUUUAUUUUAUUUUAUUGUAUUUUCUUGGACAACGGACAGAACCUUUUCAGGGGUGAGGUUAGACUAAUACCAAGUAGAUGUUAUGGUAUAUUGAAACAUGUAAACGUGUAAAAAACUGGUCCAUGAAAUCAACUGGGCUAAAAAUACAUUGAUGCUCUAAUGGUUUUAAUAUCUGUGUUUUUAA